AUGGCGGAGCCCCGCAUGGACAUCAGAGACUUACUGUCUCUGACCCUGGACGGACUGACAGGCGUUUCCCAGGACCACAUGCGGGCUCACUACCAAACGGGCUCCAACCACAUGAUGUUGAACAUCAACCUUUGGUCGACAUUGCUGCUGGGAGCUGGCAUCCUGUUCACCGGCGAGCUCUGGGAGUUCUUGAGCUUUGCCGAAAGAUACCCUACCAUCAUCUACAACAUCCUGCUCUUUGGUCUGACCAGCGCCCUGGGGCAGAGUUUCAUCUUCAUGACGGUGGUGUAUUUUGGCCCCCUGACCUGCUCCAUCAUCACGACAACUCGCAAGUUCUUCACCAUUUUGGCCUCUGUGAUCCUCUUUGCCAACCCCAUCAGCCCCCUGCAGUGGGUGGGCACCGUGCUCGUGUUCUUGGGUAAGUUGCCGGCAGAGCUGGCCUCUCUGGGCACACAGAGAGUGACAGCGCUUGGGAUACUUUCUUCCCCCCUGAAACGUAUACUCAUGAAAUUGAUGUCGUUAUUUUAG